AUGAGCUGCCGCUCUCUCCGCGCACCGCUUCUUCUGCCCUCUGCGCCAUUCCCCGCUUCUCUGCUCUCCGCGGCGGCAUCCCGUGCCUUCCGCACGGCGUCUUCCCCGGUAUCCGCGCCAGCAGCAAUCGGCGGGGGAAGCGGAGGGCUACUGGCGCUGAACGCGCUGGCGGACAGGGAGGGUGCGCGGCGGACGGGGAAGCGCGUGGGGCGGGGGAUGGGGUCGGGGAAGGGGAAGACGGCGGGGCGCGGGCACAAGGGGCAGAAGGCGCGGUCGGGACGCAACCCGAAGAUCGGGUUCGAGGGCGGGCAGACGCCGCUGCGCAUCCGCCUGCCCAAGCGCGGCUUCCACAACCCCUUCUCCCUCCGCUUCCAGGUGGUGAACGUGCGAGAUGUGGUGAGGAAGGUGGAGGAGGGUGCGAUAGACGCGUCGCAUGUGAUCAGCAUGAAGACCCUCAAGGACGCGGGGCUGGGAGGCAAGGCGAUGAGGGAUGGAGUGAAGCUGCUGGGCCGGGGGGCGCACCUGCUCUCCCUGCCGCUGCACCUUGAGGUGAGCCGUGCGUCGGAGUCGGUGCGCAGGGCGGUGGAGGCAGCGGGGGGCAAGGUGACACGGGUGCACUACAACGCGCUGGGCCUGCGCGCGCUGCUCAAGCCGCAGUGGUUUGCCAAGAAGGGCCGCCUGCUGCCGCGCCCUGCGCGCCCACCUCCGCGCAUUCUGCAGCUCGGCCUCGUCGAUGCCAUCGGCACACUGCCUGCCCCAACACACCCCGUAACAUGA